ACAUCUCGCCCUCAGGCUUUGGGAGGACUUUGGCAGACCUUGCUGUCUCACCUCGUUGCGGCCCUGCCCCGUUGGAUCUUAAAGCGGACAAGCUCCCCUCGAUUUGCUGCUCCGAAUCCCGCGCCUCUCAUACUCACGUUCUCUCUUCGCACCUCUCUUAAUAAUAGGCUUUCAGCCUCCUAACCUCAAGUCAUUCUUUCACCUCCAGUCCAUGAAUUGAGCCUGCCUCCGUCGUUAUCACAGGAAACAUUAUAUGCAUGCCUACACUCGCCACGACGCUCAUCACACACUCGCGCUACCACAUUCGUUCACAUCGCCAUCCAACCACGGAUUGAGCCUCCGGUGACAUUGACUGGUCCAUAAUCGAAGCUCCAGCAGCUUUGCUAUAUCGACAACAAUGGCGUACUACCAAGACUACCAGACGACAUACGACUAUGCUGCCUUCAGCACCCCGUUUCCCGGGAACUUGUACCAAAACGAGUACAACCUGGAGUUUUACCGACAGCAAGCUGCUAUGAUGAACCGAGGCAUAUUCCCGGGCGUUGGUGGAAAGGCUACCGAGUCUAAGCCGAGACUUGCCAAGGAAGAGGUCGACAAGCUUGAGAGGGAAUUCCAGAGGAACAACAAGCCCAACAGCAGUCUGAAGAAGCAGCUUGCCGAGGAAAUGCGAGUGGACAUCGCAAGAAUCAACAAUUGGUUCCAAAACCGUCGAGCAAAGGCGAAGCAGGAGAAGAGGGCACAGGAGAACGAGGCUCGCCGCAGGUCGGAGCAAAUUGCCGAGGAACCCAGCAACUCCGAGACUAUCAGAGAGUCUUUUCAAGACCACGACGACGACCUUCGCCCGUCCACCGCCCCCUUCCCGCCCGUCAAGUCACAGCCGGAUAUGGCCUCUGCCCGCGAAAGCUCGCCAUUCGAAGGGGCUGAGACCACGGAACAAUCUGUAGAACAACCACAGGCCGUUGCCGAGGAGACAGAGUCUGAAUACGCCUCGCCCGAAUCUUCCAACUCCUUCCCGCACCAAGAGCUCAACAUUAGUUACAACUUGGCCUCUGACCCCUUCUUCUCGAACCAGUCCUCGUGUGACUUCACUUCGUCCAUGCCUUUGGAGGCCAACAACCAGACCCCCGGUCACCUGACUCUUUCGAUACCUAACCAGUACUUGCCGCACCUUUCCGAGUCAGCGAGCGCUUCAUCCUUCUCUUCAUACCACCACCUGUCCAGUGCAAGCGACUUCGGAGAUUCACUGGCGCCUAUGCCGCCACAUGGCCUGUCCGGCAACUUGACUGAGCCGACCCCUAUCAACGUGAAGCAGGAGCAAAUGCAUGCCGACGUCAUUGACAAGUUUGACCAAUUCUCGCCUGCGUCGAUGUCUCAUUCACCACCCGACAUCUCCACCUCCGACUUCCGUUUCAAGUCGCCGUCGACCAUCGACAUCGCUAGCAGGAGAAACUCCAAACGGCCCGCUCAGCUUGUCAGCUGCGUGAGAAGCCAGUCGUACAACUACUCGGGCCCGAAGACGGGCAUUGAGAUGCCCAGGAGGAUGGAGGCACCGAGUCCAAUGCGUCGGGUGGCAUCUGCGACAGGCAACUUUCCCAGAGGAAUUCAAAAGAUGGCUAGCUCGGGCCCAAGAUCGCCCCUGUACUUUGACCGCAACCAGGAGAACCUUCUUCUCCAGAUGGCCUCAAGGUCCUCGGUAUCCCGAAGCCCUGGAGCGCCACCCACGCCCAACACGCCCAUUGUUACUGGCCAUCAGACCCGGCGUGAGACAACCGUAUCGUCCAUGUCCUCGGCCGAGGACGAAAAGAGCUACAACCUUCAAAACACCCUGACAGUACCCCAGUACAGCAUGGAUCCGACCAUGAGGACGCCGCCAGACACGCCCGGGAUGCUGACGACGAUGCCAAACUCAAUAUUCCCGACUUUCGACUUCAACGUGCCCGAUGACCCUCUCCCUACGCCCGGCUUCGGUGGCUUUGAGCAGGAGUUUUCCACCAUGUCUACGAGCAUCCCGAGCUACGUCGCACACGGUUGCGCAAGCCAGCCGGUGACACCUUCAUAUCCUCCCAGCAACAUGGGGCCGGCAUUCUACUCGCCCUAUAGUGGCAACACCGAGUACAACUGGUCGGAUGCCCCGGCCGUCUCAGUCAAGCUGUCGCCCGACCAGUCACGGUCAAGACAGUUCCAAUUCACCAACAUGACUGCGCAAGACUUCCAUGGAGAAUGAGCCACUACUUGUCUAGGGGGUGUCUUAUUGGAGGUCUUGCCUUCGCAUCUGCGUGGGUGAGAGUACUUAGGGCACACGAGUCUUGACGCGACAGCCACGCUCUGGGGGCUUUGUUUUCUCCACAGCAUUGCCCAUGGGGCUUUGUACAACAAC